GCCACCUCCUGUGCUCCAGACUCCAGCCACACUCCUGCUCAGCGCCAUGGCCCCAGCCACACGUCCUCUCCUGAGCGCAGCGCUGCUGUUGUUGCUGCUGUUGGCCACCAGCCACCAGGCUACAGGGGCGAUUGUGGUCACUGAGCUGCGCUGUCAGUGCCUGAAGACCAUACCAAGGAUUGAUUUCAAGAGCAUCCAGAGCUUGAAGGUGACGCCCCCAGGACCCCAAUGCACCCAGACUGAAGUCAUAGCCACUCUCAAGGAUGGUAAAGAAGUUUGUCUCGACCCUGAAGCCCCCUUGGUUCGGAAGAUCAUCCAAAAGAUACUGAACAAAGGCAAGGCUAACUGACCUGGGAAGAACUGGAGUGUGGGCUGCUGUACCUCAAGGAGAAGAGAAACAACGGCACCCAGGAAGCCUGGAU